CUAGGCGGAUGACCCAAUUGCUUCAUAUCACAAAAGCCUUUUCUUAAACUCGAUUAACAGCGACCAAAAAUUCGAAAUCCAAAACCUCCGGCCAUUACACCAUCUUCAAUCUUCAUCCAUCCAUUAACAUCACCUCCUUAAUCUUUAUCUUACUGGUUGCAAUUACACCAACUUCCAAUCCCCCUUCAUUCCUUCAUCCUUCCUAGUCCUCCCUCACUCUUCAACAACAACAAAUAACCAAUUAAUGUCAAAGAAAGGAGGAGCUGUGUUACAGAAGGAUGCACCAUGGAGGGCACCCUCUACAGGCGUCAAACCCCUCCCCAAAAUCCACCAUUCCCCCGUUCUUUGCAUCGCUCAAAACCCCUACACCGACUAUGCCGUCUCCCUCAUGAAGCACCCGGAUCCAAUUGGACAUGGAUUAGGAACAGAAGCGAUAGUGGAAGCAGCAGGGCCAGAAUGCAUCGUUCCCGGACAGGCUACACCCAUUAAACUUCUUGGAUUAAAGGUUUGGCCUGUUGAUGUUGACUUGAAAUUUUUGGAACCUGUUGGGAAAGAACUCAAGAACAUUGGAAAGUUUAUGGAUUCAGCAGUUGAGCUCAUGAACAAAUCAUUCAUGGAUGAACGUUAGGAGUUGAAGGUUUAUAUUAUGCGGAUGUUACAUUUAUGAGUAGUAGUUUAAUGAUUUAAUCCAAUGAAAAGUGUUUGUAAUACCUUUUGUUAAUGAUUUCUCAUCAUUGUUUAUGCUUUUAUUAAGAUGAAGAAUGGUGUGUUGAAAGAAGAACACGUGUUAUACAUACAAGAAUUUAUGAAAGCUUAAUUUGACUUUUGAGGUCAAACCUUUUGCUUAUUUCAAGCUCAAUAUGUAUAUGGAUUAUUUUGUUAUAUGUUAAUCGUUAUCAUUUUUGUUUUUGAAUGUAUGUAGCACUUAAAACUAGG